AUGCCUGCAUUGAGGCCCGGUCCUUUCAAGGAUAGUAUAUGCCGAAAUCCCCCUAGUACAAUGGAGGAGUUGAGAAAACGGGCGGCAGACGAGGCCCGGGUAGAAAAUAUGAAGCAAAACUACAGAAGGGAGCAACAGGAGGCUAAAGCCGAGGAAACAAAUAAUAGGAAAGGGGAAGGCCAGAGCAGGCCGGCCGGACCUCGACUUCGCGAGGGACCGAGGGGUCCCAAGUUCCCGCAAUACACCCCUCUCAACGCUUCCCGCGCGCGGAUAUUGCAGGAGGCGCUGAGCGCCCAGAUUUUACCAGCACCUCAGAAAAGGCCAACACCUCAGGGAGCGGACCUGAGUAAACGGUGCCUCUAUCACCAAAACUCUGGACAUGACACAGAAGACUGCCUGACUCUGAGAGAUAAAAUUGAGGAGUUAAUCCGAAUGGGACAAUUGCAACAAUACGUUAAAAAGGACGUUCGCCGGUCGGAGGGAUCGUCUCGGAGAGAGCCAGCGAGGCCUAGGAGUCCCCCUAGGGAGCGAAAGAGAAAUGAAGAGCAUAGUUAUGGCCGAACGCCUGAAAGGCGAAGGACAGACCGGAGGAGCCGAAGUCGCAGCCGAGACGAAGGGCAGAGGCGGCCUUUGAGGGGAAUAAUUAACACCAUCUCCGGGGGCUUCGCCGGAGGAGGGCACACCUCUUCCGCCAGGAAAAGGAGUAUCCGGGCUUUGAGAGCCGUACAUGCUGUGGACGUUCAGAAGAGAACCAUGCCGCCGAUCACGUUCACGGAUGAAGAUUUCCACGCCCCGGAUCCAGACCAAGACGAUCCUAUGGUUAUCAACGUGGAAAUAGCCCGCUACGGAGUAGGCUGGGUCUUGGUGGAUCAGGGAAGCUCGGUCAAUAUACUAUAUUGGAAAACCUUCCUGCAGUUUGACAUGUCAGAGGACCUAAUCGUCCCAUACAAUGAGCAAAUAGUGGGUUUCGCGGGGGAGCGGGUAGAUACGAGGGGUUACGUCGAUUUGUAG